UCUUCCUUCUAGUAGUUUCUUCACCUUCUCAUCUCUCCUCCUCAUUAUUUCCUUUUUUUUCUUCCUUUUCUCGGAAAAUUUCCCUGUUUGGCUGGAUUCUUCUCGUUUCCGAGGAUUUGGUUCCUGUGGAAAGUCAGAAGGUUCGCGUUUUCCUCCUCUGUUCUUGGUCAGCAGUCUCCGGCGGCGGGCCAGAUAUUUUCAGAUUUUCUGAGCUAAUCUGUUGCUCAUCUGGCUCCUGCUGGAGUUGGCUGGUUCUCCUUGACCGUUUGAUCCAAGAUUUGAAGCUUUUCCCGCACACUGUUCGAAUGGCGGCUCCGGACCAUAGUGAAGGGUUCAGCAAUGUAGAAUCCACUAAUGGCGGUGUUCAUGGAGGAGUGAAUACUGAAAUGGGCAGCCAAUCAGGGGAAAACAUUCUACCUAAGGUCCGGAAACCAUACACCAUCACUAAGCAGAGAGAAAAAUGGACUGAGGAAGAGCAUCAGAAGUUCCUCGAAGCCGUAAAGCUGUAUGGCCGUGGUUGGCGUCAAAUUGAAGAACAUGUAGGUACUAAAACAGCUGUUCAGAUACGAAGCCAUGCUCAAAAGUUUUUCUCCAAGGUUGCUCGGGAAACAGACAAUGUCAAUGAUAGUCCAGUCAAAGCGAUUGUGAUUCCCCCUCCUCGUCCAAAGAGAAAACCCACUCAUCCUUACCCCCGAAAAAUGCCCGUCGCAAAUCAGCCUGAUAAGACUCCUUCCCCAACUUUGUCAGUGACCGAGAAAGGAAACAAAUCUCCAACCUCCGUCCUGUCAGCAUUUCCUUCUGAUAAUCUGGAGGAUCAACUCAAUGGAUGUUCCUCCCCUAACUCAUGUACAACUGACACCCAUAACUCUAGCGAGAAAGGGAAUGAGUAUGCGACAUCAAAGUCGCCCCUCGAAGACGGAAAACCACCUUUAUUGAUGAAAUCAGAUUCCAGCAACCAUUGGUCGGUUUCUCCUCAAGAAGAUGCUGCCACUGUUGUAGUGCCCGUCGCAAGCAUAACACUUUUCGGGAAGAUUGUCUUGGUUGUGGACCCAAACAAGCCGUCCUCUCCCAGGCAGGAGACAGGUCUAAAGAAUCCUUGCCCGAACAUCAAGAAACAUACCCUGAGCAUUGAUUCUGUGGAUGUCGCCACCGACUUAUCAAUUGGUGUGAGUAGUUAUUGUCAGAUCUCAACAGUGAACUUAUAUACAGAGGAAAGACCAAGAGUAAAAGCUGGUGUGCCCGAAACAUCGUGUACCAGUUCAAGUGCCCCCGGUUCAGUAACCGAAGAAGCCGGGAACUGGGGGAAGAGGGCAGAACCAUGCAGAUGGGUAAGCUCCUCCGAGAAAUCGACAUGUUAUCAUACUACAAGGGGGUUCAGACCGUACAAGAGAUGCUUAUCCGAAAGAGAAGUGACAUCUCCAGUGGUAACUUCCGAGGAAGAGGAGAGUCGAAGAGCACGAGUAUGCUUAUAGCAUAUGAUAUGUUGCUCUUUGUACAGUGCCAAAACUCAGGAGGUAUAUUUUUUUUUUACCGAGGUUUUUUAUUAAAUGAUCCUUGAGAAUAGAGCAGAGUGUUGGCCGAUGAUCGGAUUUUAAGUACAUGCCCUUCUCAGCCUCGGGCUUUAACGUUGGCCAUGGCCAUGUUCCGACAAACACUGGUUUCACGAUUGUUGUUGGAGGCAAGAGAGAUCUGAAGGCAGAUGGCAGAAAACAGAAAUCCAAAUUGGGUAAAUGUGUUUUCAGCGAAUUUACUUAAACCUGUUCCUCCAAUGUAAUGCUGUUAGCGUUUGUGAAUCCUUAGGACUGUUCCAAAUCAGGAGAACUUUUCUUUUCUCUUUUGGGAAAAACCUAUUGGCUCAUGACUGCAGAUCUAUUGAUUGUAACAGUGUUUUAUUUGACUUAA